GUAAAAUCGUGAGUAAACAUUUUCGUUUAUGUUUCAAGUGUGACGGACAUGUCGUUCGGCUUUAAGCAGUGAAAGGGUUUCAGAGGCUUCUUCUCCGGACUGUACGGGGAAAUUCGCUCCUUUCCCUUACGGUGUUUCUAACGUGUCCAAUGUGAACAGCUGUCCGUGUCAAAUCCGACUCGGUGCCAAGUGACGCGUACGCGACACGUCUCAAUUCCGCCACGCGAGGUGGGAAAGCUACUUCCGCGCGAGUCAGCGAAAUUGAAAAUUGCCCGCUACCGGAAUUACAGUGCCAUUAAGCUUGUUCUUGUUCCUCACUUCUCGUCGUCGUAUGCACAUCGACGUCGCUUCCAUUUUUUUCGCGACCGAACGACCGCGUUAAAGAAACGCAGUAAAAUGUGGAUUGUUAUCUUUGUCAACGUCGGGGUACAUACGUAGUUGAACGCGCGAGAAAAGGCAGAAGAGAUCUGGCAAAAUUCACGGGCGAAACAAUUUUCCUAAACACAACACUGUGUACAUGUGUGUGCGUGUGUGUGUGACAUGAAUUAACUAUGGAAACUGACAACAAACGCGUCAAAAGCGAUGUAAAAGGUGUACAAACAAGCGAGGAAGCUUUCGAGGAAAUUCUCAGCUUGUCGCCUAUCGACGAAGAAUCUGAGCUAAUUUUAUGUUGCAAAAAAGCAUCUAGCACCUUUACCAUCAGUGAGACCCCAGAAAGUGUCUCUAGCUUGAUAACAUCCUGCGAGGAACAACCGACAGACAGACUCGACAUUUCAAGGUGCGAGAAGGGCGAUUCGGUGACAGAUAGUUUCGGAAACGAGCAAAUUCGGCAAGAACACGACCAAUAUGAAAGAAAGGCGGAAGCUUCCGGCGACAAUGACGAAGCGAUAAGUGGUCUCCGUGAAAAGUCCUUGAAGACCACCGUGGAACAGCUUAAGUGCAGAUUGUCCCAAGCCGAGAAGGAGAUCGUCGUCCUGAAGAAGCAGCGGAGCCCGCGGAAAUGCCCGAGUCACGAGAAAUGCGAAAUUCUUCAGAAAGAUCUGCUGAGUUGGCGUAACGACCACGAAAAGAGGCUCAAUGCUCAGAUGAUCAAAUGGGAAUUGGCGGAGAAGAGAAUAUACGAUGAGAUGGAGAACACGAGGAUGAUCUACGAUAAUAUUCAGCGACACCUGGAGGUCUUGGAGAAGCAAAGCACGAGGGUUUGCUCGGACUUUCGAAGACAAAUCGACAUGUGGGAGAAGAAACUUAAAGACGACAUUGCUAGUAUACACGAGAACAAUUUGAUGGAACUGCGCGAGCAAGUCAGAGCAUGGCUUGAAAUGCGAGAUACAAUUAGCUUGUCGAGUGUUCGGAACGAGAAAGAAUGCGAGACGUGUAAAGUGAGCGACAUUCGUUCCGAUAAGAAACACGACAGAUCUUGCAAAUCGCAGACAUCCGAACUGACGAUGUUGCACGAAGACAAUGGCAAAUUUCUACGUAGGAUAGAACGUAUUAUUAAGUUCGAAGUUCAGCAGCAUCGUGACGAUUUAUCGAGACAAACGAGUCAGAAGAUUGCCGAGCUCCGUUCAGCGUUCGAAAAUUUCAAACACAAUUUUUAUCUGGAUCGCAAUUACGUUAAAAUAAAUACCAGUGAAAUCGCGGGAUCGGCCGUUGAAACGCGGGAAUCGAACGAUCUCGAGUGUCAAGAUACCGCGAGAUCUGAUUUAAACGCGAGUUCUGCAGAAAAAU